AUGACGGUUAUGAAUUCUGUUGGCCUUCUUAGAAUUCAGGUUCGUAGGGGAAUCAACCUCGCUGUUCGUGACCAUGUUAGUCAUACGAGUGACCCUUAUGUUGUCAUCAGCCAUGCCGGCCAGAAAGUAAGGACAAGUGUGGUGCCCAAAAAUUGCCAACCAGUAUGGAAUGAAAAUUUGACUCUUCCACUCAAGGAUCCCAAUGUCCCAAUUACUCUGCGCGUGUUCGAUAAAGACACAUUCACGGAAGAUGAUGAGAUGGGGGAUGCUGACGUAAACAUAAAACCAUUUUUGGAGUGCUUGAAAAUGGGAUUGAGAGAACUCCCAGAUGGUACUAAAGUUGAUAGGGUUCAACCAGCCAAGAACAAUUGCCUCUCCAAAGAGAGUGCCAUUAUCUGGAACAGGGGUAAAAUGGCUCAACAGAUGUACCUGAAGUUAAGAAAUGUUGAAUGUGGUGAAAUAGAGAUCCAAAUCGAAUGGCUCGAUUUCCCCGGUUUGAAAAGCCCCGUGGAAUUCUAUUAG